AUGGCUAUCAAGAUCAUGCCCACGAUAUUCGAAGAAGUCGAGCUCCGGAACCACCUCCAAGAGACUCUCGAAGACUUGCCGAACAAUCUACCUCAAUAUGACGAAAUGCGAUUGCUUGGUGAGCAGCCUGAAGGCUCCGCUAUCAACUUACACCUAACACCAAUAGACGACCUCUGCUUCCUCCUCCGCAGCCCACUCUUCCUCUACGCCGUAACCUCCCGCCUCACACCCCCAAAACCAUCCGGCCCCUUCCCCUCAACUCCCAAAUCUGUGGCAUCCGAGUCCAACAAGCCCACCACCAUCUUCGACAUCGCCCACCUGGAAAUCCGCAUAAAAUGGGCCAACAACAGCUGGGCCGCGCAACUCUCCUACGGCGACAACGUGCUGCUCGAAGGCCGACAUCUCAGUGUGGAUCAGGAAACGGGUUUUGUGCAGAGCUUCUUCUGGUUCUGCGAGGAGGCGAGCUUCUUGGCAUAUGAGUAUAAGGCGCGGGAGGGGGCUUGGACGGCGCGGAAGGGUGGGGAGGGGAGGACGAAGGACGGAAAGAGAGCGUUGAAGUUGAGGAUUAGGAUGAGGGAUGGGGAGAGAGGAAGGGCAGGGGUCUGGAGGAUUUAUUGA